GCGCGACCUGUCGCCUCCAAAGGGCGACGUGCCAAGCUCAUCAUUGGCUGGUGCUCCACAACUCAAAAGAAAAGUAGAUAAAAAGCUCAUUGUGUUCAAGUUAAUUCACACUCAGUCCGUUAUCUGCAUGUUUUAAGGAUGCAAUUGGAUCGUUACACUGCUUAUAAAUGACUGCUUUAUAAAUAUCACAGGACUUGAUCGCAAUAUAAUGAGCCUAUUUAUUGUCAGCCACAUAUUUAAUGGCUGUCAAAUCAGUGUUCAUCAGAGCAAUUUGCUUUGAUUAGAAUAUGAUGGACCGCUGUUUCUGACUAGAGAUGCUGUUAAGGCGUUUGUCUUUCAAAAGCUCAAUUUUGUCUCAGAAUUACAAGACUGGCUUGAUCAAAACCUCUUGAAGGCUGCAUGUAGCCCACAGGCCUUCGGUUGCCUACCUCUGCUCUGACUGGAUAAGUGGCUUCUGUCCCCCCUGAAGGGGGAAAAAAACCCUUUUCUAUUUGUUUUGAGGUCUAUUCUUGUCCGAUUGCAGACUCAACGCCCAUUUGCUCGCCGCUCUGGCCAAUCACAAGGACCCAGUGUGUUUUAACUGGGCUGUCAUUUUUAUGUCAUCAUUACAUCUCCAUAAAGAACCAAGCCAGCACGUUUAUUUCUCUCUGCAGAACCACUGAAAGCACAUCUUUUUGGAUACUUUCCCCCCCACCCCAAGAUCACAGCUGUUUUCUUCAACUUUCAAUUUUUGUAUUUGAUGGUGUGGAACUAAAAGGUGAUGGCAGAGUCUGACGCGCAACAAGAGACGCGCCAGUCCGCCAAAGACUCCAUCAUCAAGUUUUCCAUCAAGAACCUGCUCAGCAUCGACGACCAUCCCAAAAAGCCCGCCAGGCCCAGAAGCUUCCUGGACGGCGCCUUCUUCUCCCGACUUGCCGAUUUGUCCCUACCCUGCCUGGAGUUGCCCUCACAGCGGCUUGCUCUGUCCUCAGCGUCCCCUUGGUGGCAUCCCUACACGCUCGGUGCUCAUCUCAAAACUGAAGCUUCAGGGAAGGAUCAAGCGUUGGCGCGCGACAGACCUUCACCCGACCUCCCCAAAAGUGAGCCGGACCCCAAAGAAGAAAGCGCAGAAGAGGACGAGAGUGAGCCAGAGGAGGCAAAGAAGGACUCCGAGUCCGCAGAGGACCGCUGGAAAAAGAAACCCGACCACUCUGACGGGAAACCCUGCAGGAAAAAGAAGACCCGCACCGUGUUCUCCAGGAGCCAGGUGUUCCAGCUGGAGUCCACCUUCGACAUCAAGCGCUACCUGAGCAGCUCGGAGCGCGCCGGCCUGGCCGCCUCCUUGCGCCUGACCGAGACUCAGGUGAAGAUUUGGUUCCAGAACCGCAGGAACAAGUGGAAGAGGCAGCUGGCCGCCGAGCUGGAAGCGGCCAACCUGAACCACGCCGCGGCGCAGAGGAUCGUGAGGGUACCCAUCCUCUACCACGACAGCGGAGCUUCGGAGAGCAGCGGGAGUGCGGGGGGGACCUCGCCCGGCGGCCAGGCGUCAAUCCUGGCCUUUUCUCAUCACAUGUACUACCCCCACCCGGUUCCCUUGCUGAGGCCCAUUUAGCCCCUGAGCACACCUUGAAUAUGCUGUAUGACUGGAAAAAUACAUUUGUAUAUUUUUCAAUCUAAAUUUUGGAGAUUAGACGUAUUCCUUUGUGCUCCUAUCACACCCCGUUCGUUGACAUUAUUUGUUUUAGGCACAAUCUCCAUAAUUGUCCUCAAUUGCUUCAAAGUGUAAGUGCAUAUAUUUUCAUGUGCAAGGUUGGACAUAACGUAUUUUGAAGACUCUUAAUUGUGCUUGUGGCGCUCUAAAAUUGUGGGAUUAAACAUUUUGACAUUACCUUA